ACGGCGUCUGUUUGUGGCUGAGGGCGGAUGGAGCCGCUGAGAGCCCGGGCCAGGAGGGGCUCCUCUGAAUGGGCUUUAAGCGCUUCAAACCAAGAAAAUGUCAGAAAAGAGAAGCGCGAGGAAAAACGUACAGUUUGCAAACAAGAAAGACAAGCCCAAUACACAGGCCAAGAAAAUUGAGAAAGCUAAGGAACUGACAGAAUCACAGAAGGAAGAACGGACACACAAGCAGAAGGUGGUACAUGCUCUGAAACUUGAGGAAAUCAAUGAGCAGAAACAGCAACUGGAAAAGAAGAAACAGAACGAAAUUAUUGGGCAACUCAAGGCAGCUGAAUCUUUAAACAGGAUAGGAGCCAUGCGCUUGCGGUUCAAAACCAUGAGAGCUGAAGCAAUCAAUCAUAUGAUAGCAUCUCAGCCAACAGCCAGGAAAGCUGUACGACUAGAGUGUCUUCUUCCACCUGUCCAAGAGUAUAGAGAUCUCAAGGACACACUGGAUAAACUGCAGAGAAAACGAGUGGAGAAACUACUGGACGAUGAAUUGGAGCUGUCCAUCAUUCGAAUCCUCUGAUGUGCAGCGAAUCAUAAACACUGAUCCAGUUGAAGCAUCGUUGUUUAUAGUUAUCUGAAAACUGCAGGAUGUCUUGCUUAUUAAUCUAAAAUAAUAUUUAUUGACAGAUAUAAUGUGGGGCACAUCUGAAUGUACUGUACGUGCAUAUUGGCAGAAUAAGCCAGGGCUUGGGGUUGUUUCGUUCUUUGAAAUCAGGCGACCAAUACAAUAAUUUCAUCUGUCUUGCUUACAGAGAUUUAUAUUUGAUUACAUAAUAGGAGAACGCUAUUCAUUCCAUCAAUCAGAGUCUCCAACAGGCUAUUCCAUGCAUUACCUUCUCUAUUCCCCCUUCCCUGCCAUAUCCGUUAGAAUGGCUUCCCAAUUACCCAUGCAUCUUUCUGUCGAUGCCCUCAGUUGAUUCUGCAUUUAGGACUCCCUGGGGCAUUGCAUUCUAAGAUCGGGUCACUUUGCAAGAUCAAUUGAUUCCAGCACCAGUGCAAACCUAUUUACUUUAAAGGUUGGGUACUCCAGCACUUGAUUGACUCUGUUUAUUUUGUCAAUUGCAAUCACGGUGUACAACACCUCAGCUAAACGCCUCCGCUACCUUCUCAGCUGCAGGAAAUGCAUCCCCUGGCCCACUCAACCUUUCACAAUACAGUAGUUAUUUACCCCUUGUUUUCCACCUUACUGUUUGGAAAAUUUGGUGAGACGUCAAAUUGCCUAUUAACUGUACUCAGGUUGCAAGUUAAGAGUUAAUUUGUUUCAGUUUUACUUAAACCUUUUCUAUUCUCAAUCUAGAAUUAAUUGCCUUUUACCACUGUUUGAAUGUUUUACUUUAUCCGUUUAAGCAGCAGACUUUUUUUUCUGAGUGCCUACACUCUGGAACUCAAGAUAAAGAUCCUAAAAAGAUCAAAAAACCUGUUCUUUUAAUGUGAUUUUCCAUUGAAAACACCAUGUUUUAAGAUCUCUGGUGAGAAAUUCCAUUUGGCAGACGUUCAGAGAUGUAUCAAAGGAGCAAAAGAGGGAUGCUAUAGUUGAGAGAAUGAGGAAGGAAUCUCUUUCAAUUGCUCCUGUAGCCUUUGGGUCCAAAUGUAAUGAGGUUUGAAUCCAUCUAAUAAAUUAUUCCUAAACCCAAA